UUUUCUCAAUUUGAUUUGACUUGAAGUAGCAUUAUUUUAUUAGACGUUUGAGAGAGACAAAUACCAGUCAUGUCUUUAUAGAUUUGGAUAUAAUUCAAAGUGCAAAAUAAUAUAACAUGGGGAAUUCUAAUAGCAGAGGCAGCAACUGCUGGGAGCCGAAUAGUCCACCCCAUUCUCACGUCACACCAUCUGACAAAAUUGUUCCAGCUGCACAAAAUGAUUACAAUAUUAAUGUUCAGCCAGUUGAAAAGAAACCGGCUGCGCUGAUUUGCAUAGCUCUCUACGACUAUGAAACCAGAACCGAUGGCGAUCUGGCCUUUCAAACCGACGAUCUUUUGGAAAUCCUUGAAAAAAGCGAUACAGAUUGGUGGAGGGCCCGGAAUAAAAUCUCCGGAAUGGAAGGCUACAUUCCGUCCAACUACGUAGCCCCAUUGAAAUCUGUCGAAGCCGAACCAUGGUAUUUUGGAAAAAUUCAAAGAAUUGAUGCCGAAAAAUUGUUGCUUCAAACGGUCAACAAAGAUGGUUCCUUUCUCAUUCGUGAAUCUGAAAGCGCUUUAAACGAUUAUUCUCUUUCAAUCCGAUUCAAUCAAGAAGUGAGGCACUACCGCGUCAAGCAAACUCUCGUUAACGAUGAGACAGUCUAUUACGUCACCCGAAGACGGACGUUUUUGACUCUACAGUUGUUGAUUGAACACUAUUCCGGCAACGCUGAAGGACUCGUUACUCCUCUCAGCAAGCCUUGUUGUAAGAAGGCGAUUGGAGCACCUCUGACGUAUACCUUGUCUUAUGACACGUACGACAACUGGGAAAUUUCACGAUCGUCGCUCAAAUUCGAACGUCUUUUAGGACAGGGUCAGUUCGGUCAAGUUCAUCAGGGCCUGUGGAACGGAAGGGUGCCCGUCGCCAUCAAAAGCCUUAAAACAGGAACAAUGUCGCCCAAAGAUUUCCUGGCCGAAGCCCAGCUGAUGAAGCAAAUCCAGCACGACAAAUUGAUCCGCUUGUACGCCGUCUGCACGACCCAAGAGCCCAUCUACAUCGUCACCGAGCUGAUGAAGAACGGGAGCUUGCUGGACUACCUCAGGGGCAACAAAGGCCGUCACGCCAAACUGGAGAAGCUCAACGACUACGCCAUCCAGAUAGCGACGGGCAUGGCUUACCUCGAGUCGCAGAACUACAUCCAUCGCGAUCUGGCCGCCCGCAACGUCCUGGUCGGCCAGAAAGGCGCCAUCGUCAAAAUCGCCGAUUUCGGACUGGCCCGGGUCAUCAUCGAGGAGGAAUACGAGGCCCGGGCCGGUGCCAAAUUCCCACUCAAAUGGACAGCGCCGGAAGCACUCAACUACGGCAAAUUCACCAUCAAAUCGGACGUCUGGUCCUUUGGCAUUCUGCUCAGUGAACUGAUUACUUACGGCCAAAUUCCUUACCCUGGAAUGUCUAAUAGCGAAGUCAUGCAGCAGAUUGAGAUGAAUUACAGGAUGCCCAUGCCGGACAAAUGCCCGCUGUCUUGGUAUUUGAUUAUGUUGAAAACGUGGGAUUACGAUCCGAUCAAACGACCGACUUUCGACGCUUUGAAAUCCAUGUUCGAGGAUUUGCUGUUCAACGAUGGACACAAUUACAAGGAGACGAACGAAAUCUUUUGAACGAAUUAUUUUUCCCGAAUCUGUCUGACAUAUGUUAUCGAUGAUGUAAUGGAACACGUUUCUAAUAAAUUGGAAUUUUGUAA